UUUUCUAAGUGGUCUAGGUAGGCCUCGUACUGGGAACCGACACCGGUUAAGGAACCAUGUCCGUACUCAGAGCUUGUUUGAUGAGAAACAUACUGCCUUAGGAAAGCUAAAGAAAAUAGAGGAAAUUUCAGAUUCUAUGAUGCAUGAGAAUAAUGAUGGUCAUGAUAUUAGCAUAUUUUCAUGAAAUGAAGGGAUUAGAACCAGUCACUUAAAACUUGAAGGACUACUCUUUAGCAAAGAGAAAAAUGUAUCAAAAGGCUUGAUAAAUGAUCUGGCUAGAAGCAAUCAAGGGUAAAAAGAAGUUACUAAAGUCCUCUCAGAACAAAAUCAACUUGGAUAGAGAUGUUUGAUUAGAGAAUGUGAGCCUUACAAGAUAUGCCCUGAAGAAGGUCAUCUCUACUUCACCUAAACCUGACAGGAAUAAAGUACAGAGUUCAGAUGAUAAGAAAGAGGAAAAUACUGAAAAUGUUGAUAAUUCAAAUAUUUUAAAUAAUGUUCGGAGAGUUUAUCAAAACCAUCGGCCAUCCUUGUCAGCAAAGCAAUAUCGUAAUUGUUUUAAAGGAGGAAGCAACCCAAUAUCACAAGUUCCGAGUUUUAAAGACGAGGAGAAGCCUAAAAAUGUUCUAGACCGUCUCAACAUCCAUGACCUUAACAACCACGAAAGAGGCAUACUCGGAGUUAAAUAAGGCUAAAAAGGUUCCUAAAUCUUCUGGCUUUGGGAAAGCUCUGACUAAAAAGGAAUACGAGAAAAUAUUUGACAGAAAAUCGAGCUUCUACGAGAAGAAAGCUUUUGUUGGUCUAAUAAGAAAAUAAAUGGAAGGUCACAAAAGGCUAUUGCUCAAAAUUUGAAAAGAUUCCUCUUUACAGGCUUAGUUCAAAGAAGUCCAGGACUAGGAUUCCCAACCCAGAUAUUACCCAAAAUUUAAACAUAAAUCAAAACGUUGGAUCAGCAUCAGCAAUUAACAUUUCCUACAACCCAGAUUCGAACAGCAGGCCAGGUUCAGUAGUAAAGACCAGGAACUAUAGCACUGGGAGGCCUUUGUCUUCUUCCAUGAAAUUAGCAAGGAGUUCUCGUAAAAGAAAGCGAUCAGAAAUUAGAAGGGUACAAAAUGAGCUUAAUUUUUCAAUGAAGGGGAGAGCUAAGAAGAUUCACCAUCCUUACUCAAACCUUUUUGAGGAAAAAUCAGUUGAGAAAGAACAUGAAAGCCAUAAAAUCAAUCUUGACAUCCCACUGAAGGACUCGGUGAUGAUGGAAGAAGUUAAAGAGGAUAAAUAAGAUAAGUGUUGUCAAAGUAGACAUCAAGAUUAAUAACAGGUUUGAUAAGAACAAACAGAAGAUAAAGAGUGUCAAGAAGGUACGCAAGAAGCGUAAGAAGACUAAAUCAUUUGCACUAUGACUAAAUGUUCUUAAGAACAGGAUUAAACGAAGAGAGUCUAGUGGUCUGAGUUUCCAGGAAUUAUUGAGCCAAUCUCAAUUUCUAGAAACUGAUAGAAGUAAGAUAUCUCCAAAAAGAAUGAGGCCAAAGAUGUUUACCAAUCCGUAUACAGCAAGUUCCUUUAAAGAGGAGAUCUCAUCUUGACCACAGUAUGUGAAACCCCAAUCUCAUGAACUAAAUUU